AUGCGGCGCCUGCGGGCGGCCCUGCUGCUGGCCGCGGGGCUGCUGGGUGCUGCUGUGCUGCUGAGGUGGCGGCGGGUGGUGGCGGGUGGCACCGCCGAGGGCGCCGAGCUGGAGCGGGCCUGCCGCAGGUUGCUGGCCGGCCAAGCCCCCUUCACCUGGGCCCAGGGGCUGCAACCGGCGCCGGCGGGGCCCUCCUGCAGCGAGUACGUGGCCCGCAGCCGCUACAUCACCCGUGCCCUCUCAGCUGAGGAGGCCGCCUUCCCGCUCGCCUACAUCAUGACCCUGCACAAGGAGUUUGAGACCUUCGAGCGGCUCUUCCGGGCAGUGUACAUGCCCCAGAACAUCUACUGUAUCCAUGUGGACCAGAAGGCGCCGGUUGCCUUUCAGCAGGCAGUACGGCGCCUGGUGGGCUGUUUCCCCAACGUGUUCCUGGCCUCCAAGAUGGAGCAGGUGGUCUAUGGUGGCAUAUCCCGCCUGCGGGCUGACCUCAACUGCAUGAGAGACCUGCUGGCUUCUGCCGUGCCCUGGAAGUACCUGCUCAACACCUGCGGGCAGGACUUCCCCUUGAAGACCAACCGGGAAAUCAUCCGGUUCCUUAAGGGCUUCAGAGGCAAAAACAUCACUCCUGGGGUGCUGCCGCCGGCCCAUGUCACCGUGCGCACCCAGUUCGUGCACAGGGAGCAGGCCCAGCACAACACCUCGGGUUUGGUCACCCCCAAGGUGCGCAAGGCGCCUCCGCCUCACAACCUCACCAUCUACUUUGGCUCUGCUUAUGUGGCCGUCACCCGGCCCUUUGUGGAGUUUGUGCUCCGGGACCGCCGUGCCCGUGACCUGCUGGCUUGGUCUGAGGAUACCUACAGCCCCGAUGAGCACUUCUGGGUGACCCUCAACAGGAUUCCAGGUGUCCCUGGCUCCAUGCCCAAUGCGUUGUGGGAAGGUGACCUGAAAGCUGUGAAGUGGAUUGAUAUGGAAGAGCGCCAUGGAGGUUGUCAUGGUCAUUAUGUCAGAGACAUUUGUGUAUAUGGAACAGGUGACCUCAAGUGGCUUUUUAACUCCUCCUGUCUGUUUGCGAAUAAGUUUGAGCUAAGAACAUACCCACUUACUGUGGAGUGUCUGGAAUUAAGACAUCGAAAGAGAACCUUGUCUCAGAGUGAGAUUCAAGUGGAACCAAACUGGUAUUUUUAGUUAAGAAAAAGCCAGGCUACAGGCUACAACAUAAAUAAAAGUGGUCAGGAAAAUAGCAGCAGAAAUCUAAUUUUUGCUGUUCCGGAAGCGUAAACUCAACAGACAGGUUUCUUUAGGAUUUUCUGUAGAUGGAGUUUGGGUCAAUUUGUCUCAAACUACCUUCAAAUCUAGCCUUUCAUUUAACACCAAGAGACCAAAAUGUGAAAGAUGCGAAAAGAGAAACUAAGGUAAAGCUUCUUUAGGAGCUGCUCUGUUUGCAUUUUUGCCAUUUUUAACGGUGUUUUUUCAGCCCCAACUU